AUGGAAAACCCAGGUUGGAUUAAACUUAAUAUUGAUGGGGCCUUUGAAAAGCUAAAAAGUGGCAUAGGUGGUAUUUUCCGUGACAAUACGGGUAAAUGGAUACUAGGAUUUCAGAAGUUUUGUCAUAGUCUAUUCCCUCUUCAUACUGAAUUGCAGGCACUUUAUGAAGGACUACAAAUGGCACACAAGUUCAACCUAUUUUCCCUGGAAAUAGAAACAGACUCAACGGAUGUAAUAAACGCCAUCAACAAUGGCCACACCUCUUUAUCUAAUUUAAUACACCCUUGCAGGUUGUUAAUGCACCAGGAGAAGGGCCUACUAGUACGGCAUAACUUCAGAGAAGGAAAUGCAAUUGCAGAUUCACUAGCUAAGGAAGCAAAAAAUCAAGAAAAAAAAUAUAUGCCGGAGAAAACAAAACUGUUUACAGCACCACCCUUUUGUGUACAACACAUGCUGAGCAUGGACAGAAGCGGGGAAAGCAAACAUUCAAAGCAACUUUCUAUUUCAGUUUGUAAUAUUCUUACAACUCUAGGCAACCAAAACAUUGCUAGUGAUGCUAUUUUGCAUACAGGGUUGUCCAACGACAAUGUCACACUAAGUGACACAAUGCUAUGUAAUGAUGCCUAUUAA